GUCUCUGGUGGUUUGCCGAAACCUACAAAUAUCACCUUCUUGUCUACCAACAUGAAGAAUGUCCUGCACUGGAAUCCACCAGAGGGUCUACGUGGAGUCGAAGUCACAUACACUGUGCAGUAUUUCAUAUAUGGGCAGAAGCAGUGGCUAGGUGCAUCUGAAUGUAGAAGCAUCAGCAGGACCUACUGCGAUCUUUCUGCUGAGACCUCAGACUAUGAGCAUCAGUACUACGCCAAGGUGAAGGCCAUGCAGGAAACCAAGUGUUCCGAAUGGGCUGAAACCAGACGGUUCUAUCCGUUCUUAGAAACACAAGUUGGUCCACCAGAGGUUGCCCUGACACCUGGUGAGAAGUCCAUCUCUAUUGACCUGACAGCACCAAAGAAGUGGCAAAGAAAUCCCAAAGAUGACACUGUUUCUAUGCAACAAAUAUACUCCAAUCUGAAGUACAACGUGUUUGUGUACAACACUAAGUCAAGAAGAAUGUGGUCCAAAUGUAUCACCAACAGCACACUUGAGCUCCGCUGGCUGGAACCGAGCACUCUGUAUUGUGUCCAUGUGGAGUCAUUUGUCCCAGGACUCCCUCGCCUCACUCUGCCUUCUCAGAAGCAAUGCAUCAGUACUUUGGAAGACGAAAUGUCAGCAUUGAAGGUUAAGGUCAUCUUCUGGUAUGUCUUGCCCACAUCUGUUAUCGUCUUUCUUUUUUCUGUGAUGGGAUACUCAGUUUACCGUUACAUCCACGUUGGCAAAGAGAAACACCCAUCGAAUUUGAUUCUGAUUUAUGGAAAUGAAAUUAAAAGAUUCUUCGAGCCUACUGAAACAAUUACACUUAAUUUUAUCACCCUCAAUAUGAUGGAUGAUUCUAAAAUUUCUCAAAAGGAUAUGAGCUUACUGGAACAAAGCAGCGACAGCUCCUGCCUUAAUGACCCUGAGCUCAGUGGGAGCUGGCAUCCCCAUCUGGAGGAGGUGGAGGGGCCAUGCUUAGGAUACUCUUUGCCUUUGAUGGACACUGUCAGUGAUGCUGAGCAAAGCAACAGCAAUGUUUGCCUAAGCCAGCAUGAAUGGCUCAUUGUGCCUACAGGGGUGUCAGACAAUGACCCUGAGUACACUGUCCCAGCUGAUCUCUACGGGGAGGCCGAAGACCACCAGCUCUGUGGGCAGGAAGAGGCAUCCACAACAGAGACACUAUCUGAGCCACAGGCAGCUUUAGCAAACUUAGGACCAUCUCUUGUAGGCCUAUAUCACCUGGGAGAGAGGCAUCCUGCCUCAGAAGAGGGGCCAGAGGAAGAGCCGUCCGCAACGCUGGUGGAUUGGGACCCUCAAACUGGCAGGCUGUGCAUCCCUUCCUUCCCUAGCUUUGGCCAAGAUCCUGUGGACUAUGGACAUUAUGAGAGAGACCAGCUCUCAGAGGAUGGCCUGUUGUCUAGACUCUAUAAAAAUGAGGCAGCUGACAAGUCAGAGGAUGAAAAUGAAAACUAUCUCGUGCAAUUUAUGCAGGAAUGGAGGUUACAUGUACAAAUAGAAAGCUAA